AUGAAGGAAAUUGAAAAUCUUACCCAACAAUUGGAUACAAAAUUGAUUAGUCCAAUGGAGCUUAUAGAACUCGUACAAAAUUAUAUAAAUUACAGAGCAACUUUUGAAAACGAGUCUGAAUCUGAUGUCAGUGACAAAGACGGUUUCAAGACCCCCGAAAAUGAAGUCACGGACGAUGAAGAUGAUAUUGAUGAUAGUGAUAAUGAUGAUGGUGGUGAUGACAAUGUUGAUAAUAAUGAUGAUGAUGAUGACAGUACAGUAGCUAGAAAUUUUGGUCACGGUCUCGGUGGAGAUCGUGUUGAAGGUAUUGCUGACGGUUUUACUGAAGUUCUUGCUGGAGAUCGCACUCGUGCUCUUGCUGGAGAUCACACUGACGUUAUUGCUGAGGGUCUUGCUGAAGAUCUUGCUGGAGAUCGCGCUCGUGGUCUUGCUGGAUAUCGCGCUCCUGGUCUUGCUGGAGAUCGCGCUCGUGGUCUUGCUGGAGAUCGCGCUCGCGGUCUUGCUGGAGAUCGCGCUCGUGGACUCGCUCGAAAUCGCGCUGAGGGCAUUGCUGAUGAUCGCGCUCGUGGUCUUGCUGGAUAUCGGGCUCCUGGUCUUGCUGGAUAUCGCGCUCCUAGUCUUGCUGGAGAUCGCGCUCACGGUCUUGCUGGUGAUCGCGCUCGUGGCGAUCUCCAGCAAGAACUUCAGCAAAACCGUCAGCAAUACCUUCAACACGAUCUCUACCGAGACCGUGACCAAAAUUUCUAG